AUAUGAUAUUAAUAUUUUCCUGUCAUUACAGUACUAGUUCAGACAAAGGACAAGGGUAGCUCGCCUGGAUCAAGCAGAAGUGUCACAUCAGACUUAGUACAUCUUCCAUGUCUAAGUGUGAAUUUCUUGAAGAGAAGCUACGAUGGCAAGAACAAAAAAUCAAGGAUUUGGAGGAUGAGAGAGACUUUCUCAGGGACCAGCUUAGGAACAAGGGCAUGCUUUCUGAAGUUAUGAGUGAGGACACCAAAGCAAAUCUUGGCCAAGCUGAUUCCUUAUCUGAGUCAUCUGACUCUACCGGUAUCAGUGACUCUUCAGAAUCUGAUCAGCCACUCAGAAAGGCAAAAAAGAAGAAGAAGCACAUGGACAUCAAAGUUGCAAAACCCGCCCAUGCUAGAGCCCAAGGACCUGAGGAGGUCAUCAAACGAUACCGCAAGGUGCUGAAGACCUUUAGCAAGGAGCGCACUAUGUCCGAAGCAUUCAGCCGACAUCAUGUUGACCGUGGAACAAUUGCUUUUACUGCAGCAAUUGCAGAACUUGCCAUUGUUGAUCCCAACAACACCCAUGAAAGUCUUGCAUCUACCUCAACAAAGGAGACCUUGGCUGCAUUUGCAAAAAAAUGUGCAGCCAACAUCACAGAAGAAACAAAGAAUAAAAUACAAGACAUGAAGGCAAAGGGACAGCUACUUCCCAUUCGGUGGAAAUAAGCUGUAUAUAUCAAGCCAAAGAGACUUCACUGUUCACACUGUGAAUAACUAGCAGAAUUUCUUUUUUUGAUAAUGCCAAUUUGACUGUUAUGAGCCUGUUUGGAAACUGUAGUUAAUUGCAGCAAGUUGAGUUAAUUUUAUGAUUUGCUCAUUUAUAAAUAUAGCUGGU